AUUUCAGAUCUAGUUUCUCAGAAGUUCCCUGUGCAAAGUUCCAAACGGAAAAAAUGUAGUAAAGCGCCAAGUUCUCCCUCGAAAGCAAUAACAAAACAAAAAAAACUAGACUAAACUCUAAACACGAAAAUCAAUCCAAAUGUGCAUUUUUUCUACCUUUACCAUUCCUAUUAGAUAAAACAUUGUUUUGUGAUACACAGUUGUUUAAAUUAAAUAAUUAAACUAUUUAACUAACUUAUUUAUUAUAAUUAAUCCAAAAGAAACUUGAAAAAAUGAAACCAAAUGUGGAUAAGGAACUUUUGCCAAUGAAGGCACAUUAUUUCCUCUUUAAUGCAGGAACAGCGCCGGUUGUGCCUUUUAUGCCAACACUUGCCAGGCAGCUGGGCUUCUCCUCUGUCAUCGUUGGAUCGAUGUAUACAAUCUUGCCAAUUGUUGGAAUGCUUGCUAAACCUUUUUUUGGUUUCAUUGCAGAUAGAUUUCAGAAACAUCGUUUUCUAUUUCUAAUGGCUCAAUUGUUAACGGCAAUUUCAUUCUUUUGCAUUAUGUUCAUCCCAGCCAUUCCACAGCCUAAACCAGUUGUUGAACUACAUUGCCAUGCAGGUGUUUCAGAACUCCGUUUUUGUUCCGAAUUAGACACAUGCAUUGAUUCCAAUCUAGAGAAUCGCUAUGGAAAUUCAUCAUUAAAAUGUAACCUACGUUGCCAAGCCGACACCUGGAUGUGGGACAUUGUCUGCAAUGAUUGGUUAAACAAUACUCAAGACUGCCAAAAGAAUAAACCCUACCUAGAUCUCACAAUCGAUACUAAUAUGAGCGAUAUAAUACAAGAAAAACAAUGUUUAUUUUUUAAAGUUCAACAUGAUCGUGGCCAGUUAAAUGGACAAAAUAUAACACUAAAUUGUCCUAAGGAUCAAAAAUAUUUCAAUACCACCUGUGAGAUGGAUUGUGGUGAUGAGUAUUUGCAGAAUACACUUUCUGAAAGUCCAGUUAUUAAUAGUUCAGAUGCUUUUGGUCUGUAUCAAUUUUGGUUGUUCUUUUUGAUGUUGAUAUUCAGUUGGAUUGGAAUGGCUGUUGUUGUGAGUAUUGGAGAUGCAAUAUGUUUUGGCAUACUUGGAGAUCGUCAUCAUCUUUAUGGCAAACAAAGACUUUGGGGUGCGGUAGGAUGGGGCUUAAUUGCUCUUUUAACUGGUUAUUUAGUGGAUAAGAUGUCGGGAAAUAGUGUUAACAAGGAUUAUACCAUUGUGUUCUGGAUGUUAGCUGUUAUCAUUGGAUUUGAUAUGUUUGUAUCAACUAAAUUGAGAUUCACUCAAACAAGCCUUUCCAAGAACAUAUUUCGAGAUGUUGGGAAACUCUUCCUUUCCAUCCGAGUUGUUGUCUUCUUCCUUUGGUGCAUAUCCAUUGGCUUGUGUACAGCUUUAGUGUGGAAUUUCCUUUUUUGGCACUUGGAAGAUCUAAGUGCAAAACAUGCUGGCUGUGAAGGAAAUUCAAUCAAGACACUAGAAGGUUUCGUUAUGGCUGUACAGUGUUUCGGAGGAGAACUACCAUUUUUCUUUCUCUCCGGAUGGAUUUUAAAGAAAAUCGGGCAUGUUCACGCCAUGAGUUUAGUUCUGCUUGGCUUUGCAGCUCGAUUCAUUUUGUAUUCGUUCCUCGACAAUCCAUGGUAUGUCUUGCCAAUUGAACUACUUGACGGAGUGACAUUUGGAAUGUUCUACUCAACAAUGGCAUCGUAUGCUAGUAUAGUAGCUCCAGCUGGAUCGGAGGCUACUUUACAGGGCCUAGUUGGUGCGAUUUUUGAAGGAGUUGGUGUUUCCAUUGGCAGUUCAAUUGGUGGAAUCAUGUUCAGUUCAGUGGGAGGAUCACAAACAUUCCUUAUAUUUGGUUUGGGUGCCUUAAUUGUAUGCAUUGUACAUGCAACAGUGCAAUGGCUCUUAUCGCGAAACAACAGAGAUAGUGGUAAGCAUUAUGACGUCAACACUAAAGAUAAUAACAGGGUGAAGGAGAGUAAGGAGGUGAUGGACGACAAAGAUGUUGCUUUGAAAAAUGGGUUGGGUGGUACUGUAAAUAUGGAUCCAAAUGAAUUUACAGAAAUUGAUUUAAAUUCGCACUAAAAUUAUAAUAAGAGUUGCAUUUAAUUGCGAUUUUACUUUAAGAUUUAAUUUAAUUUUUCUUUUUUGAUUUGUUUUUGUUUUCAAUGAAUUUAAUAUUAUUUUUUUUUUUUUUUUGCAAUCAAUGCAAAUGGGAAACUGGUUUUUUUCUACUAACAAAACAAUAAAAAACAAAAAUUUAAAAAAAAAAAUACUACUACUACAUCUGUUAUGAAUUGAUUUUACUAAUCAAUUUAAGCAAGAACAUAGAAAAAUGGUGCCUAUUUGUAUGUACAAUUAUAUUUAUGGUCGUAGAACAAUGUUAAUUCGAAAUUCUUAUCACAUUUGUUUGUGUUUUUUUUGUUUUGUUUUGUUUUUUUUUUUUGUUUACUUAAGUAAAUUAUCUGCAUGCUUUUCGUAGAGUUAAAAGAGAAUUAAAUAGUUUUAUUAUUGAAAUGAUAACGAUUAGUUACAGAGUGGAAACACGUAUUAUUAGUAGGUGGAUGAAGUUUUAUGAGUUAGACUUUGAUCUGAUGUAAUGAAAAAGAGUGAAUGUAGAUAGUUUUUUGUUGUCAAUCUUAAUUAUGUCUCAUCAAAUGAACAGAGAGACUACUUAUUUGAGUUGUAACUAAGUUGGUUUUUAGAUAUUUGUUUUAUGAAGAUUUAUAGAACAUAAUGCCACUGUCCUAUAUGAUAGCUUUUGUUGUUGUUACAGAUAACAAUUUAGAAAGAAAAAGUCAUCAAAUUUAAAAUUUUCAUAUUUGUUCUUUGCAAUGAAUAAAAAUUAGGGUUUUUUUUUGUAAAAUUUGCAUUCUUUAAGUCCGAUCUUUGGUCAGAAUUUAUUCAGAGCUGCUCCCUUAAUGAAUGAUUCGAUUCACUGGCUUGUUGGGCGCCAACAAGUUUGAGGAAGAAUUUAAAGAUUAAGAGCUGGUAGGACAUAGGUGUAAGGUAUAACCAAAUUUAUGGGUCCAUGACUCUUAACGUCGAAUUUGAAAGUCUGAUAGUUUUUUUUUGGGUGGCGGACGCGAUUACGGAUUUGUAUGAAAUAGUUAAUGUAAUAAAAUUUUUAACAUUUCCUUGUUUCUUGCUAAUAAUUUAAUUUGAAAGUUUGCUAUACAUUUUAUAAAAUAAAAAAAAAAAAAUACAUUGUUUGGGAACCGGUUGCAUACAAUUUUUGAAAACUUUUUUGAAGAUAAAACGUUCGUUUGGAAAACAGCAUGCAUUUUGUUGAAAGAGCCUUUCUUUUGUAUUUUGUUUCGCCACACUAAAUUUGUGGCGAUGAAAAAUGAUGCAUACCAACCUCAUAAAAUAAUGGAAACAUUUGAAACUUGUAAUUCAUAGUUAAAUAACCAAAAAAAAAAAAAAAAUAUGAAACUUAGUUUUUUAUUAAUAGAAAAA